AUGAUAUAUGGUGUGGUUGGCAAAAGUGAUGCUUUAGCAAUCAGCGAUUCAGCUAUGGUCUGUGCUGUGGUGAAUCUUGCUGCAUCGAAUCUUGACUUCGGUCUAGUGGUUUCUGUUGUUCUUGCAACACGUCAUGAAGUUUAUGAGUCGGAUGCUUGUAUACUUCCAACUUCAACUUAUGCUAUUGUUAACUCAAUUGCUUUGGAAGAUAUUGAGACUUUGCAGCAACUCAAAUUCCGGCCGAAUUUAGGUAGUCAAGCUCUCAAGGUUGGUCGUGAUAAUGAACCAUUAGAUAUUGUUAUUACAAAUUCAAACUAUGGAGGAUGUCUCGAUUUUCAUAUUUCUAAUUUGACAUUUGCUGUUUUUGAUUGA